AUGGGACUUCCAGAACCCAGCAUUUCUAUCCUCGGCCCGGAUCCCAAAAGAACACACAGAAUCAACGCAAAUUCCUUUCAACAAAACGCCAUUACCACUGUUGAUGGAUGGCAAUAUGUAGCAUUCUAUACCGAUCAUCCUACGUCCACAAAGCUGAAUGCUUGUAUGAUGAAUCUGGGUAGAAGAAAAGUCUCACCUACGCCUUCGAAGUGGGAGAUAUUGAGUUUCCAUGAUUAUGAACAGGUGGUUGAUGAUGGACAUAAUACGAUAUCUAUUGGUAUCUGUAGCGGAGAUGGAAGUAUACAUAUAGCAUUUGAUCAUCAUUGUGAUAGAUUGAGAUUUAAAAUUUUGAAACGCAUAGAUUCUGAAAAACAUUCAAAGAAUUCUAAUGUAUGGAAUGCAUCUCUGUUUUCGCAAACGCAAGAUUAUCUUCCUGGAAUUGCACAUAAUGAGCUGAUGGACGAAGUCACUUACCCUCGUUUUGUGAACACGGGUGAUGAUUUGUUGUUGACAUAUCGUAUUGGCCAGGCAGGAUUAGGAUCAGACAUUCUUUACCGCUACUCGUCAAAGUCUUUCACUUAUACAUAUUUAGGCCAACACCUUACUGGUGUUUCUAAUAAUGCGCAUAAACAGCAAGCCGGGCCCAACGGACCCGAGAACAACUAUGAUCUGAAUUUUGCUUAUUCGGAAGAUGUGGGCAGGACAUGGAAAAGUUCGGAUGGAACAACCUUGGCCGUACUGGAUGGAAAGGAAGAAAACACCAUUUUGCCGCAGUCCAAGGCGAGAGUCUUUGAGAUUCCCAUGGGAAGUGGGAUCUUGAACCAAGAAGCUCAAGCGGUGGAUCGGAAGGGCAAUUUCUGGGUUUUGAAUAGGGGAAAUUCCGCGGGCGAACAGCAGUGGAUACUUUAUCACCGUGAUUGUACAGGGUUUUGGACAAAGAACGCUGUCCCAACUGAUGGCAUAAACAAGCCUACCGAAAUUGGCUCGAGAGGAAGCAUAUCUGUUGACAGCAAGAAUGACGUAUAUCUCGCUUUGCCUGGGAAUACAGAUUCCACCCUCAGCAUCGUGAAAGUGCACAGUAAGGACGGACAAGUAUUCUUUGAUCUUGCAUGGAGUGCAUCAGGAUUUGAUGGCGAGCCUUCAGUCGAGAUACAAGAGGUGGAAGGAGGAGGUGAGAAUCUGUCCAUCUUUACAAGAACGGACAAAAAAGAGGAUGGACUUCGAGAUGUAGUUGUCUUGGAUUUUGACCUCGAUUCCAAACCGAUCUAG